GCGCAUUCGGCAGUCCUUCUCUCCAGUGUAACUGGCCGUUGAGGGGCGGACAUUGUGGCUCCGCGUAACAUGCGCCGUCGCCGAGUGACCUUUCUCCAGCUUGAGCCCGAAUGUUGCCUGUUUCCCCGUAGCCGUCGACGGAGCGACUAGACGUGAAAACAGCGCCAUUUCUGUCGGCGUCCAUGAUACGCGAUGCUACCGCAGCGGAUUCCAGAGCUCGAGCUCGGAACGGCAGCGGGAGAGAAAUAGCCGCUCCCCUUUCGCUGCUUCUCUCUACUUCAGACCACGGCAGGUUGUGCCGGUGAAGUAAGACGUAGCCCCAAAAUGGACCCCUCUGACUGAGACGCAAACACGUCUUGUGUUUUGCUCAGCAGCUGAGAUCAAUCAGCAGCAUAAGCCAUGCCUGACGAGUAAAACCCCCCCACCCCUUUUUGCUCAAAGCAAUAAAAAAAACAAAAAAACCAUCCUACAUGCCUCCCCAUGUAGAGCCCCUUCAGUGCGUCCUGCUGGAGUGACAGCCCCCUCUUCCAGAUAGGUUCUGCCUUGUCCUCCCUCUGUACCCUCCUCCACCGACCACCCUACAGUAACUACUCAUCACAAUGCUGCUCUACCUGAGAAUGGCCAACACCUGAGGUCCCAUGCGUCCAGUGAGCACCGAUCCAAACGGUCCUGCUCCUCCUGAAAACCUCUCUUGCCCCUACCCCCUUGUGGGCCCCCUGCCUGCCUCAGAGAUGUCUCUGCUCCAGUCGCUGGGGCCAGUGCAAAGCUGGCUCGGCCAGGAGCUUGAGAAGUGCGGGAUCGACGCCAUGAUUUACACCCGCUACGUCCUCAGCCUCCUCCUGCACGAUAGUUACGACUACGAUCUGCAGGACCAGGAAAAUGACAUCUUCUUGGGAUGGGAGAAGGGAACUGGGAAGAAAUGGGGCAAGAGUAAGAAGAAAGGAGGGACCGACCUGAGUCUCGAGGAAAUGAAGAAGCAAGCUGCCGUGCAAUGCCUCCGAUCUGCAUCUGAUGAGAACUCUGGAAUUGAGAGCCUGGUUGAAGAGCUUUGCUCUAAACUAAAGGACAUCCAGAACAAACAGAAAGAGGAAAAACAGAUUCAAAAGAAAUCUGAUGGCUCUCAGUCUCCUCCAGAGCGAGCUGAGUCCCCCUCUUCAAAGGACCAGGUGGAAAUGUAUUAUGAAGCCUUUCCUCCUUUGUCAGAGAAACCUGUUUGUCUCCAAGAGAUCAUGACGGUGUGGAACAAGGCUAAGGCCUGCGCAUAUUCAAGUUCAUCAUCCUCAGCAGCCCCACAAACCAGCACAGACACCUCUUCUCCCAAAGAUUGCAACAGUGAAGGUGAGGCUGCAAAGGAACGAAACCUCGAGGCAUGUGGUACCAUCACGACAGCGACCAACGAAAGAGGACAGCAACGGCGAAGCAAGAAGGAGAAAGAAAACAGAUACCAUGGUGGUGCAGCAGCAGAGGAGAAAUCCACUGUCCAUUCUAAGAGACAGAUCAGACACAGAUCGGAGGGCAAAUACCGACCCAGAUCCUGGUCUUCUGGCUCUAGUGAGGCAGGCUCGAGCUCAAGUGGGAACCAGGGUGACUCCAAGUCAUCCAGAAGCAAGACAGUUAGAGUAAGGCACAAAUCCAGGGAGGCUGCAAAAAAUAAGAGAACACGCAACAGUGGGCAGGUGAAGCUUCAGGUGAAGGUUAUCGACAAAGAGGAGCGAAGAAACACAGGAGGGAGCAGUAGCAGUGCCACCGGCGGUGCUGCCAAACAACCACAGCUUUACAAAAAGGGGAAGAGACCGCUGAAGGAGAUUCGUAAAGAUCCAGGCUGGGUGGAAGCAAAAGAGUCCGGAGUUGAAGCCAGAAACAAAAAGGAAUACAUGGAGGAGCCGCUUUGGUACACUGAGCCCAUUACAGAAUAUUUUAUACCUUUCAGCAGCAGACAAAGCAAGCUGGAAACAAAAUAUCGCAGCAAGGUGGACUCUCCUGAUGGCUUUGCCAUGUCAACCGACAUGGACCGGCUGCCUGAGAGAAUCCAGGGAAUCUGCAUUGCCAAUGAGAACUACCAGAGAGCAUACCUAGCAGCAGGCUCGUUUGUGGAUGGGCACUUUGUGGAAGGGCCUGGCGAAGCAGAAGAUGAAACUGCUGAACUCACUGGGACCUCAAGCUGCCCUCAGCCAGAGGAUAGUAGAGAUUUAGAUGACAAGCAUCUGUCUGAAUUUACUCACUUCUAUGAAGUAGAUAUUUAUCAAUCCAUAUUGGAUACUAGUGCCUCAGACUCGAUACAAGAGAGUCGGAUCUUAAGCAUGAUUCGACAAAAAAGCAAAGAGCAAAGAGACAUUGAGGCAGAAUGUUGUUUAGUGUUAGAUGGCCUUGAGCAGCAAGGGAAAAGUGCAAUACGGGCAGACUCACAGGAAGCUUCGGGAUCUGUUGGAUUUUUAAUGGAGGAUCUUGAGAACAUGGCUCAAGUGUGGGGAUGUUAUUCGCCAUCUACUUCAGAAGAUAUAGAUGGAGAAAGCUUCAUUGGAGACUCUCCCAUCCGGCUCUCCCCUCUUCUUGAUAGUGUUUCAUUCACCCUGAGCAAGCUAUCUGGAAACCUGGAGGAGCCACCUGUUCCUGAAGCCACCAGUGAACCAUCUGGUUUGAACUCAUCCUGCUUCUCUCUUUUUGAGCUGCAGUAUGACAGCCCCACUUUUCCUUUUCCCCGCGACUCACUCACCGUUGGUCACGAAAACAACACAGAUUCUAGUAGCUGUCUCGACCCACAUUCUAAUAAACAGUCUCGUUUGCUAAUAUGGACCAAAAAUAGUGCCUUUGACGAAACUGAACACUGUUCUAACCUAUCAACACGAACUUGCAGUCCAUGGUCACAUUCAGAGGAGACUCGUUCAGACAACGAGCAAGGAAACGCUCCGGCUGAGGAUGCUGCUCAAAUUGGCAGUGAUGAGAUCGAUUGUAUAAUGCCUCCUCUUUCUGGUACAUAUCUUGAGGAUGAAAUCUUGGACUUUUUGCAAGAAGACUCCGGUCGUAAGUGUGAGGAGGUCAGUGUUAGCACAGCAUCCAAUCAGACCUUCACCAAAAAAUCUAAAUUGGAGUCCAUUUGUGGCAUCGCAUUGGAAGAGGAUGAGAGUAAACAGUACAGCACUGGCAUGUUUUCGGACAACACAAACCAACAGAGUGAUGAUUACAGCUCAGGGAUUAUAAAAGACAUUUGGACUGCAAUCGGUGAUGGCAAAUCUGUAAUAUCAAGGAAAAGAGCAGAAAAAACGAGCGAGGGGCUCUUCUCAGAUGAGUCGGGCAGUUACUGCUGCAGCUGUCUCGAGGUGCAGGCAAAAGGUGUUCCAAUUCAGGGACCUCAGAAAAAAGCAGUGCAGCGGUCAGAGUAUCACCUUUGGGAAGGCAAGAAAGAAGAACAGGACUUAGCCAAAAACAAACUCUCCAAGGUAGAUGGUGCUGGGGAUUACAUGACUCCGUCCAAGCCCUGGGACUUAAACUCCGACAAGGAGAGUACAUCGUUCAUCCUAGGAGGGGUGUACGGAGAGUUGAAGACACUAAGUGGUGAUAAGAAUUGGGCUGUCGUACCGCCAAGUGACACCCAAGAUAGCCUGCUCCAGUGUGCCGCUGCAGCUGCAUCUGCAUCUGCUUCAAGCUCAGACAUGCUCACCAUCACUGGCACAGAUGUGUUCAUGAACAAGGGCAGCUGCUUUGCCCCCGGGCACAGGCCCCUGUGGAGGCCUCUUGUGUCCUUUGGGCAGGGUGACCAGGCCAUUAGAGGAGGUGGAGAUGGAUUGAAUAAGGGAUUUUCUUUCAUCUUCCAUGAAGAUUUGCUCGGAUCUUACGGAGGCUUGCGCAGCGAGGAGCAAGGUUUAGAAUACCCGUUUGCAUCCUUCAACCUGAACAAUCCCUUCUCUCAAGUCCUCCACGUUGAGUGUUCUUUCGAGCCUGAGGACAUGGCUUCGUUCAGUCCAGGAUUCAAGCCCAAAUCCAUUCUUUGCUCGGACUCUGAGAACGAAGCCUUCCACCCACGAAUAUAUGGCAUCAACCGGACGCAGUAUCGGGCCAUUCGCAUUUCCCCCAGGACUCAUUUCCGACCAAUAUCUGCCUCGGAGCUGUCUCCUGGUGGAGUGAGUGAUUCAGAGGCUGAGACUGACAAAGAGGAGAUGAGUUUUCCCGUCCUGGCGCCGGUGGACGUCUUUGAUGACCCUCAGGCAGACCUCAAACCUCUGGAGGAGGAUGCAGAAUGUGAGGGUCCUUAUUAUGGGAAGUCAGAACUGGAAUCUGGUAAAUUCUUACCCAGAUUAAAGAAGUCUGGCAUGGAGAAGAGUGCCCAGACCUCUCUGGAUUCACAGGAGGGCUCCAGUACCCUCCUGCCGAUCGCUGAGCAAGAAAUUUGCUUAGACUGCAAAACGGCAGCAGCUGCAUCGAGUGCAGGUGGACAGACUGACGUCUCCGUUGGCAAGAUUCAAAAAGACGAGUCUUCAGGAGAAAAACAGUCCUGCGUAUGUUCACCAGCAGGUCAGAUCCCGAAGUAUGGGAUUGCUUAUGACUUUGUUGGAGAUGUGCCAGAGUUCCCUCUGUUGAAUAUAAGUGGACAGGGAGGAACUGGCAACCAGCAAGAUGAGUGCUGGUGGCAGAACACAAUCUGUUCCCCCCUUUUCCCUGGAUCUCAGUGUACAGGGAGCAGCAACAUUUGAAUACUCCAGUUUUGCAGAGGACGCAUGUCGCCGAGAGGAACCCUUCCUCUCCUUUUGUGACUGGACGUCUACCAGCAAAGAUUCAGGGUCAUCUCAGAGCUGGAAAACCUAAAUGUAGGCUAAUUUUCUGAGACACCCCCCUUUCAAAACCCCGACGCAUAACCCCGUUGGUUUUCAUUUACUAACUUAAAAACCUUGUGUAAUCAACAAUCAGAUCAACAAAAAGCGAGUGAAAAUAGGAAAACUCAAAAAAUAUGUUCUGUCUUUGAGUGAUGCCAUGUGCUGACAUGCAUUUUAGGCAUUUUAGAAUUUGUUUCAGUUGAUUCUUCUGUACACUGGUCCUCAUUCAAGUUUCACAGUUAGGUAGUAGGGACAAUCUUCUAUCCUCGUCAGUUUUGUUCCCGCCAUUUUUGCUUUUGAACUAGGAUUCUGGUAGUCGGUGGCGUCUGAAUGGUUGUGCAUGUGUGUUUGUCCAACCGGUCUCACUCCUCUUUUCUAGUUGAACCUAAUGUUGUGUGAAACGACUGCUAUCGCAUCCUCUACUUUCCAUCUGGUGUUCAGAAAGAAAAAUAUAAGGAUGUUGAGAUUUUUGAGUUGUGUAAGAAUUUGCGAGUUUAAUUUAUAUAGUUUGUUUGAACGACUUUCUGAAUGUGAAGUAGAGAAUGUGUGCAGCUUUCUUCUAAAUAUCCGUAAAUUCCCCAUGUGUGAAAAGUUAUAAGUCUGAUUUUUGAAUGGUGAUAGUCUUUCAAAAAGCUAGUAGUAAACUUAGUAUGGUUUGUGAGGCUAAAAUAAAAGCAACCUUUUAAAAAUGAAUAAAAAAAAACAAAUCAAAAGGAGUUUUGUUGGCAAAAAUACUAAUAAUCUACUUGAAAAUGCAAUGCUGUAAAAGAAUUUGGGGAAAUAAAAAAAAAAAGUUUGUGUUUUGAGGUAAAAAGACGUGACUACAGCCAUUUCUGCAGACACCUGUGUUGCAACUGAAUGAAACUUGUUUUAUUUUUUUUUUUGUAAUUUCUAUGGUACAGACUAUUGGUGCUAUAAAUAUGUUCAAAAAAAUCUUUUGAAGUUGCAGUUCCAUAAUAUGGCAAGUAGAUGGCAUUAGCCUAGUUUUGUUUGUAGACCAGACAGUCGGACUCCAUGAAUACCUUUAUUUUCUUUUUUUUUUUUUGCGAAAAUUGUGAGGAGAAAACUUUUGCCUGAUCUUGCUUAAUGUGGCUUGGUUUUUAUUUUACGGUAACCUCUUAGUUGUCAGGCCUGUAACAGCUCAAGCAGGCAGUUAAAUCUCAUAUUUCCACACGUUAUUUCAGUUUAAAAGCCCCCCCAAGCAGACUGCCCAAGCUGCAGUUAUACAAAUACACAACAAAACAAGUGGCGGGGCGAACGUCAAACCAAAAAAAAUAGAGACGUAACUACACUAAGGUACACAUGCUUUUUUUUUCUCCAUAUGAGGUGUGUUUUUAUUUGUUGGUUUACAAUAUAUCUUGUUGAAAUACUGAGUAACGUCUCACUGAGUGUAUGUGUGUGUGUAGGCGUAGAACUCGUGACGGCACUGGUUCAGAGUGAGUGUAUUAGAACUUUAUUUCAGAGAAAAGUGAACGUCUUUUGAGACAUUCACAAAAAUGCAAAAUGCAUUAGUGAAACCCCCCCCCCAUCCUGACCGAAUUAGGUCUAAAAAUAAAAAUAAAAAAAACCUGAGGUGUUGUUUACUAGGGCUGGCCAGAAUAGCAGUUUCUGGGCUCGGAUAUUCGCCUCGAUUAAUGAUGAAUAUUCGGUUUGGUUUGUAACGUCCGAUAGCGGGGGACGGACGGAACGAACCGAACUUCUGGUGCGAAUCGAUGAGUCGAAUACAUGCGACAUCGUACCAAACAUUCAGAUCUCAAAGUAAAUAAUCAGAUGCCACCUUAGCGGCCGAAUAUUCAGAUAUCCGGGUGUUCUGGUCCAGCUCUAUUGCUUUCUGACCCUGCUUGUGAGCUGUGCUUUGAAGAUUCAAUCCAGUCGAAGCAGAUAAAUGCGUUUCUUAAACCCUUCCUUCCUUCCUUCUGCUCCGACUUUUAUUUUUUUAUAGCGGCAGCGAUAUCACGCCACCAAACCGAAGCACAGACGGCUAAAACGAUCCCUCUGUUAGCCGUUAGCGGACAGUUGAAUAAAUGUAAUGCACUGUCGCAGGUGAUGGUGUCUAUUUCGGGCAUGGCUUUUUUGGAAAUGGCUUCCUCAUUAGUAAACGCUGAGAAAAAAAAACAGAAAAAAGGACCCCCUCAAAAGGAGCUGAAUGAACGGUACUCAACUUCAGGGUCUCGUCACCUUUCUUUGACAGUCAUCGGACACUCAGGAAUUUUUUAAUACGAGCAUACUGCAUCCUCUACGCUCAGACCUGUGACAGUGCAUUGAUGCAUUAAUGUACAAACUUUUCUUUGAUUGUAGAAGAGAAAUUACCGGCAGGAAGUUGUUGUUAGCGAGCGAGCAGCAGAGGCGACUGUCGUUAAUUUAGAGCUAUAGUUUUUAGGGUAAAAAAAAACAAAACAAAAAGAACUAAGCCAUUGUAGAUUGCAUAAGCAAUGCGAAAGGGAAUUCCCUGAGUCCUAUGCAAUACCUUGGCGCAUGUACACACACACGUAUGGAGGAAAGUCAUUCAGUUAAUUUUGCAUGUGGAUUACUUUUGAGUGAGACACCAGAGAGAAAGAAAGUAUGGAAUGUCUACAAUAAAAAAUACAGCAUGCAAACAUCACACUCCAUCGUUUUAAGUUGGAUUAAACGAAAUAUUUUGGUUUAAAAGAAAAAUACGAGUGAUUGAAAUAUGUUAUAUGAUUCUGUGUGUGUGUGUGUGUGUGUGAGAGUGUGUGUGUCACAAAAAGCACUUACAUGGGAGUAGAAAGGAACGCAUCUCACCUUUCUCCAUUUAACUCUUCCAUUUUGAUAGGCCGUGUUAUUAAAAAAGAAGCUAAACAUGAUGAGAGAGUGCAUACGGUGAGGGUGUGUGUGUGUUUGGAAAGACGCUGACGGGGUCGUUGCACUGUGGUCUGAAGAAAAUACCCAGCACUGAGAACUUUCCUCGUCUUUUCAUUCCCACCCAGAUGAUGCUCCUUCGCCCUCCCUCUCCUCCAUGUUCCCCGAUCCCAUCUGUCCCGAGUAGCUGUGUUGUUCUAAUUUCAUGUACCCCCCCCCCCGAGUAAAUUAUUUUGUUUCAUUGUGGAUUUUCUUAACAUCUAAUAAAGGAAUAAACCAAACCUCA